UGUAUUUUCCAUUUUGAAAUGUAGAAAAUUACCAAAGAAAUGGAUGAUUUUCUACAAAAAUUGAGACAGAAGGUCAAAAUCGGAGUAGUAGGUGGCUCGGACUUGGAGAAAGUGCAGGAACAACUGGGAAAUGACGUGGUUGAAAAAUAUGAUUAUGUGUUUCCAGAAAAUGGCUUGGUAGCAUACAAAGAUGGGAAACUCUUGGGUAAACAGAAUAUUCAAGGUCACUUGGGUGAGGCCCUAAUCCAAGACUUAAUCAACUACUGUCUGAGCUACAUUGCAAAAAUUAAACUCCCGAAGAAGAGGGGUACUUUCAUUGAAUUCCGAAACGGAAUGUUAAAUGUGUCCCCUAUUGGAAGAAGCUGCAGCCAAGAAGAACGCAUUGAGUUCUAUGAACUCGACAAAAAAGAAAAUAUAAGACAAAAAUUUGUAGCAGAUCUGCGAAGAGAGUUUGCAGGAAAAGGCCUCACGUUUUCCAUAGGAGGCCAGAUCAGCUUUGAUGUUUUUCCUGAUGGAUGGGACAAGAGGUAUUGCCUGGGACAUGUGGAAAAUGACGGCUAUAAGACCAUUUAUUUCUUUGGAGACAAAACCAUGCCAAAAAGAUGAUGUUCUUGCUGUGUGUAAAUAGUCAU